AUGCCUGCUAAGCCCAACGGUGAACAUGCCGGUGCCCCCGUUGCUACCCCACAGCCCCAGAACGGCCACAAGCACCUGACGUUGGAGGACCACCGGAAUACUGGCCGAAAACCUAAGCGAACGACUCAAGAAAUUGAAAGCGCCAUACGUGGAGUGCCCCACAUGUCGCGACAGACACUUCUGUCGCUCUCUGCUGCGAGUGGAAUACCAAUGACGACGAUCUUCCAACACAAGAAGGCCACACCAAGGUUCAAGUCUAAGUCAAGCUAUGUCAAGCCCUUCCUCACGCAAGGCAACAUCGAAGCUCGUUUAAGGUAUGCAUUGUCCUUCAUUCGACCUUUGCCAAAUGGACGCCACUGCUUCUCCGAUAUGCACGAAUAUGUGAAUAUCGAUGAAAAGUGGUUCUAUUUGACAAAGGUCAAGCGAAGGUACUAUGCAUAUGAUGAUGAGGAAGUGGCCGCAAGAUCGGUGAAGUCAAAGAAUUUCAUCACGAAGGUGCUGUUCUCAAAUUGA